AUGUAUGCCGCUGGAUCCAAGUGCGAGCCUUGCAAUGACGGCUGCUCGACCUGCACGUCGGGAGCUUCAUGUACCAGUUGCGCAUCGGGCCACGUUCUAAGGGCAGGUGCUUGUGUCACUGUGCCGUGCCUCUUCGCCAACUCCUUCGGCAUCUGCCUGAGUGGCUUCCUCGACACCAGUGCCGACUGUACUUCUAACACUCCUCCCUCGCCAUCCUCAGCCACUCAGUUCAAGGCCCGAUCUUCAAGCACAACGCUCGCUCCACUUGCCGCACUGGCCGUCCUUCCGCUUCUAGCUCUUCUGGCGUGGUACAUCCGGCGCCAGCGUCGCGAAACUCGCAAGCGCACAGCAGAGUUCGCUGACCAGCUGGAUAAACACGAAGUGAACAAGCGCUUGGACGUCCUUGCCGCUGACGAAGAGCUAGAGCGCAAGAAGCGUCGCGGCUUGAAAGACCUGUGGCUCAAGAACAAGGCUCGAGUCGCACUUCCUCGGUCUCACGAGGAAGGGCAAACCGGUCAGGAACAACGCUCUCCGCCUCUUGCCCAAGCGAGGCCCGAAGCUGUGCACAUGCAGGACUUCUCGAAGAGGUCCUCAUAUUCCAAUGAGAUCGGGCAAGACCCCGCUUCUCUGGAGCCAUCUCAGGGCUCCAAUUUCCCUCCGCCCGUCAGCGCCCGUUGGCCAGGUAUGAACGGGACUUCGAUGGGAGCUCCCUCAACUGCUCCGAGCACGAUCCCGCCCGAGGCGCCAAAGACAAGCCUGGACCUCACACACCUCUGGCCUAAUCUGGCUUCGCGACCCAACGCCCUGUAG